UGGCUCGAGAACCGACUUCCGGCUCCGGCUACUCGAGCUGACACGCGAGGGACUCAAACACGUAAGAAGGAGUUCCAUCACUCCAGUCGUCAACCUUUGGUGGGCGAUUGGACGCCAACGGAUAACGUGGUGUUUAUGACAAAUUACACCAAAGCUAUGACUGAGGGGUACCGCGAGAACCUCAAGAAUAAGACGCUCACAGUCGUGACAAUAGGAGGAAACCCCUAUUGUAUGGAGAAAGAGGAGAAAGAGAGAACCGACGAAAACUCUGACGUCCAAUACAAGGGCUAUGUCGUGGACCUGAUCCACGAGAUCGCAGAAGUACUCGGAUUCAAGUACACCAUCAAACUGGUAGAAGACGGCUCGUAUGGCAGGAAAAAUGAGCGAGGAGAGUGGAAUGGCAUGAUUAAGGAGCUCAUCGAAGGGAAAGCAGACAUAGCGUGCGCGGACCUGACCAUCACCUACGAGAGGGAGGCGGCCGUGGACUUCACGAUGCCUUUCAUGAGUCUGGGGAUCGGUAUCCUCUACAAGAAGCACAAGAAGGAGCCGCCGAGGCUCUUCUCAUUCAUGUCGCCCCUGGCGAUGGACGUCUGGGUCUAUCUGAUCACCAGUUUCUUAGGCGUCACACUAUUCCUGUUCUUCGUCGCCCGAUUCUCGCCGUACGAAUGGGUAAACCCUCACCCCUGCGUCAAAGAGCCGGAAGAGCUGAAGAACAAUUUCUCGAUGAAGAACACGUUGUGGUUCACCAUCGGGUGUCUUAUGCAACAGGGCUGUGACAUAAUGCCGCGAUCCCUGUCCACCCGGGUGUUGGCCGCCAGCUGGUGGUUCUUCAUACUGAUCCUGGUCUCCUCAUACACCGCUAAUUUGGCCGCUUUUCUGACGGUCGAGCGAAUGGUGAACCCCAUCGAGUCGGCCGAAGACCUGUCCAAACAGACAAAGAUUCCGUACGGAUGUGUCAAAUCGGGCUCAACGGAGGCCUUCUUCCGCAACUCCAACUUCUCGACGUACGCCAGGAUGUGGUCGUUUAUGGAGUCCUACCGGCCCUCAGUGUUUGUCGAGUCCAACACCAAGGGAGUGGAUAGAGUGAAGAAAGGCGAUUACGCGUAUCUCAUGGAGUCGACGUCCAUUGACUACAUCGUGCAACGGGAGUGCGAGCUCUAUCAGGUGGGCGCCCUACUCGACUCCAAAGGCUACGGCAUAGCCACCCCACCUGACUCGCCCUACCGGUCCAUCAUAUCGGACGCUAUACUUAAGCUUCAAGAGGACGGUAAGCUCCAUAUGCUUAAGGAGCGCUGGUGGUCGGGGAAAGGCAAGUGCGAGAGCGGUAAAGACACACAAAAGGUGCAGGGUAGUGCCAGCGAGCUGGGCCUGGCUAAUGUCGGCGGCGUGUUUGUGGUGUUGGCUGCCGGCUCCUGUAUCGCCAUUUUUAUAUGUAUCGGCGAAUUCAUUUGGAAAAUGAAAAAUAUACCCCGAAAUGAGCGGGAUCAUAUAUGCGUGGAACUGCUCCGGGAGAUCAAGUAUGUUAUUUGCUGCUAUGGCAACACCCGGCCCAUCCGGAAGGUCAGCGAUGUGGACGGCGUGAUUCAGCCGGGGAAUGGUCUGCCGUUUAUGCCGCUCACCGGCUACCAAGACAUGAAUAAAGACGAGGAGAAGGAAAGGGAUCUCGUGAGAUACGAUGUGGACAGGGAUGACACGCCCCAGAAGUUCACAUACAGUAACGAUAGUAAGACUAAUAUAUACGAAGCCGACUACUACUCCAACUAUAAGGCGUCCGACGUAUAG